CGGCGGGGCGCGAUGGCGGAGGGCGGGGACGCGCCCGCCCCGGGCAGCGCAGGUCGCAACCUGAAGGAAUGGCUGCGGGAGCAGUUCUGCGACCACCCGCUGGAGCACUGCGAGGACACCCGGCUGCACGACGCGGCUUUCGUGGGGGACCUGCCCACCCUGCGCAGCCUGCUGCAGGACGAGAGCUUCCAGAGCCGGAUCAACGAGAAGUCGGUGUGGUGCUGCGGGUGGCUGCCCUGCACCCCGCUGCGCAUCGCGGCCACCGCCGGCCACGGCCCCUGUGUCGACUUCCUGCUGCGCAAAGGGGCUGAGAUCGACCUGGUGGACGUCAAGGGGCAGACUGCCCUCUACGUGGCCGUGGUCAACGGGCACCUGGAGUGUGCCAAGAUCCUGCUGGAGGCCGGCGCUGAUCCCAACGGCAGCCGGCACCACCGCAGCACCCCAGUGUACCACGCGGCGCGGGUGGGGCGUGCUGACAUCCUGCAGGAGCUCAUCAGGUACGGCGCGGACGUGGACGUGAACCACCAGCUGGCGUCCCGUGGGCCGGGGCAGGCGCUGCGGCCGCUGACCACGCUGGUGGUGUGUCCCCUGUACAUCAGCGCUGCCUACCACAACCUGCCCUGCUUCCGCCUGCUGCUCCAGGCCGGAGCCAACCCGGAUUUUAACUGCUGGGGGCCCAUCAACGUGCAGGGCUUCUCGCGGGGCUCACCCGUGUGCGUGCUGGACGCCGUGCUGCGGCACGGCUGCGAGCCCGCCUUCGUGCACCUCCUCGUUGACUUUGGAGCUAAUCUCAACCUCGUCAAAGUGGAGGCCUUGGGAGUUGAGGCCACUGGGAGGGUCAAGGUGAAUGCCGAGGCGCUGGAGGUGUUCAAAGAAGCCAGGGGCCGCGCCCGGAGCCUCUUGUCUCUGUGCCGCAUAGCUGUGCGGAGAAUCCUUGGCAAAUCCCGCCUGGAUCUGAUCCGUAGCCUCCCAAUCCCCGACCCCAUUAAACAGUUUUUACUCCACGAGCACAGUUAAAGGGCAGCUGGCUGCUUUUGGGGACAGUUUGACUUGGUAAAUGAGUGCCCUGACAGAGCCAAUCCUGCCCCUUUCCCCCUCAUGGAGCGCACAUCAUUCCCUGCUCCUGUGGGGUUUUCUUCCCGCCUCCAGAUUUAGGGGGCAGUGAUGCUGUGUGUCUUAUUUCCCUGGGGAGAGGCUGCUAAACGUGUGUGGGUGUUGCUGGAGUAAAUACAAUAUAUCCUGUAGCUGUUGGCAAAUGUGUAA